AGCCCUGUACGCACCUACCUGUAGUUUUGCUGGGAUAUCAAACCUUGAGUGUGGAGUUGGACCAUCUUUUCCUUUAACGCUUGGAGUUUGAGGCUUUUUGUCCAGGUGGCAGAUCUGUAAAUACACUGGCCUGGAGAGUGCGAACAGGCCAGAGGGCUUAGGUUUUACUCACACCAUCUGAUAUUUGCCUCUACACCAGCCACCAAAUCUGUGACUUAAAGUGUCCUCACAUUCUGGGCUGGAGCUGAGCAGACUGAGCCCGGUACCCGAGAGAGCCAAGCCAACUUACUUGGCAGUGGAUAAAGAGAACCAAAUCAUCGGCUACGUAGUGCCUAUCUUCAGGGGCAGUCAAGAGUUUGCCACAGGAUUUUCUAAUACAAAGGAAGCAAGGGUGAGGGACAGUGCUGCAUACAUGGCCCGCAGGGAUUUGUUCAGCAGUGGCAUGGAGAUGGAGAGGUCAGAGCAGAUCUCCAGGAGGGAGGCCAUGCGAGAGACGGCCGAGCACAUCUCUCUGAACAAAAGGAUCCAUGAACACGGGGAACACUUUAAGCACAUGAACGAAGACAGCCUGAUGCAUGCCCCGGAGUUUGUGAUCAAACCACGCUCCCACACCGUGUGGGAGAAGCAGUGUGUGCGGCUGCAUUGCACUGUCAGCGGCUGGCCCGACCCACGGGUCGUCUGGUACAAAAACAAUGUGGCAAUUGACCCUAUUGGUAAUGCCGGCAAGUAUAAAGUUGAGAGCAGAUACAGCGUGCACUCACUGGAGAUUAACAGAUGUGAUUUCGAUGACACGGCGCAGUAUCGCGUCUCUGCUAUGAACUCCAACGGAGAGCUGUCUGCAUAUGCCUCUGUCGUUGUUAAGAGGUUCAAAGGUGAAAUGGAUGAGUCAAUGCCAUCACCCAGACAUGGCCUGGUGUCUGAGUAUGGCAUCAACUUCAAGAUUCACUUUGUUGAUCAAUUUGGUGUAUCGUUUGGAAGAGAGGGCGAGACCAUGAGUCUGGGAUGUACAGUCAUCAUUUCUCCUGCCCUGCACCGCUACCAGCCAGAGAUCCAGUGGUACAGAGACGAUGUCUUGCUGUCUGCUUCUAAAUGGAACCACAUGCACUGGAGUGGAGAUCGAGCCACACUGACUCUCACGCACCUCAACAAAGAGGACGAGGGGCUCUACACCCUGCGCAUCACCACCAAGUCUGGAUAUGAAACCUACUCAUCCUACGUCUUCGUCAGAGAUGCUGAUGCUGAGGUUGAAAGAGCUCCUGGUGCCCCUCUGGAUGUGCGCUGCCUGGAUGCCAACAAGGAUUACAUUAUUGUCACCUGGAAGCAGCCAGCUGUCGAUGGAGGCGACUCCAUCUUGGGCUACUUUGUGGACAGAUGUGAGGUUGGAACCACCCACUGGAUCCAGUGCAAUGACACUCCGGUUAAGUUUGCCCGUUUCCCCGUGACUGGCCUGGUGGAGGGCCGUUCCUAUAUGUUCCGUGUUCGUGCCGUCAAUCAGAGUGGCAUGAGCCGCCCUUCCAGAGUCUCUGAGCCGGUGGCCGCCAUGGACCCAGCUGACCGCGCCCGCAUGAGAGGUACUUCUGCUCCGUGGACCGGCCAAAUCAUUGUCACAGAGGAGGAACCUGCAGAGGGCGUUGUUCCUGGCAGACCUCUUGAGCUGCAGGUGACAGAGGCAACCAAGAACUAUGUGGUGCUGAGCUGGAAGCCACCUGGAGACAAAGGCCUUGAAGGUGUCAUGUACUAUGUGGAAAAGUGUGUCUCGGACACAGACAGCUGGCAGAGGGUGAACACAGAGAUCCCAGUCAAGUCUCCUCGCUUUGCGCUGUUUGAUCUCGCCGAGGGGAAAUCCUACAGCUUCCGCGUCCGCUGCUGCAACUCUGCCGGUGUGGGCGAGCCAUCUGACCCAACGGAGGCCACCACCGUUGGCGACAAGCUUGAUAUCCCAUCUGCCCCAAGCAAAGUUGUCCCUACCAGAAACACUGACACAUCAGUCGUUGUGUCUUGGCAAGCAUCCAGUGGUGCCAAAGAGUUGGUGGGAUAUUACAUUGAGGGGAGCAUUGUGGGCAGCAAUGUGUGGGAACCAUGCAACAACAAGCCCGUAAAUGUUACUAGGUUCAUCUGCCAUGGUCUGAUUACGGGAGAGAAAUACGUGUUCAGGGUGAGGGCAGUGAACGCAGCAGGGCUCAGCCAGUUCUCCCCGGAGUCUGAGCCGGUGGAGGUGAAGGCUGCUAUUGCCUCCCCUACUCCACCCUUUGGCAUCACUGUCCUGGAGUGUGUAUGCGACUCCAUGGUGCUGGCCUGGAAACAGCCAAGCUGCAUCGGCGGUGCUGACAUCACUGGCUACUUCGUGGAUUACCGUGAGGUCAUCGAUGGCGUGCUAGGGAAGUGGCACGAGGCCAACAUCAAGUCUAUCUGCGAGAGGGCCUACAGGGUGUCUGACCUGAAGGAGAAGAGGAAGUACCAGUUCCAGGUGCGGGCAGCCAACAUGGCAGGUGUUGGCAUCCCUUCACUGCCCAGUGACACCUUCCUGUGUGAGGAGUGGACCAUCGCUGUGCCAGGCCCUCCUCAUGACCUGCAGAUAAGAGAGGUGCGAAACGACUCUCUGGUGUUGCUAUGGAAACCACCUGUGUACCAGGGCCGUGAUCCGGUCAACGGGUUCUACAUCGACAUCAAGGAAGCAGACGCACCUGAGGAGGCGUGGAGAGGAGUCAACACUAAGGCUACGGAGAAGGCGUACAUCAAGAUUAAGAAUCUGAAGGAAGGAGAGACGUUUGUGUUUCGUGUGCGCGCUCAGAAUAAAGCCGGAGUUGGACAAACCUCAGACGUGACAGAGCCGGUCGUAGCUCUCACCAAACCAGGCACCACGGAGAUCGUAGUGGAUGUUAAUGAUGACGGUGUCAUCUCCCUGAACUUUGAAUGCUGUGACAUAACCCCCGACUCCAAAUUUGUGUGGUCCAAGAAUUACGAGGAAAUCUCAGACUCGUCCCGCCUGACAUUAGACACCAAGGGAAACAAAUCCAAAGCUGUUUUCAACACUCCCGGGGAGGAGGACAUUGGCAUUUACUCAUGUAUUGUCACCCACACUGAUGGAGCUUCAUCCAGCUACACUCUCUCUGAAGAAGAGCUGAAGAGGCUGCUGGAGGUCAGUCAUGACCAUAAAUUCCCCAUUAUUCCCCUGAAGUCAGAGUUGGCGGUGGAGCUGCUGGAGAAGGGCAAAGUUCGCUUUUGGCUGCAGGCGGACAACAUGUCAGCUAACGGCAAAGUUGAUUACAUCUUCAAUGACAACAUUCUCUCUCAGGGGGAGAAAUACAAGCUGAACUUUGACAAGAACACCGGCAUCAUAGAGAUGAUCAUGGAUUGUCUGACUCCGGCUGAUGAGGGCACCUUCACCUUUAAGUUGCAGGACGGGAAAGCUACCAACCAGUCCAGCUUGGUACUUAUAGGAGACGUGUUCAAGGAGCUACAGAAGGAAUCAGAGUUCCAGAUGAAAGAAUGGGUCAGAAAGCAAGGUCCUCACUUUAUCGAGUAUUUGGGUUAUGAGGUGACACCAGAGUGCUGCGUUGUACUGAAAUGCAAGGUUGGCAACAUGAAGAAGGAGACGUCUGCGCUGUGGUCCAAAGACGGACACGAGAUCAAAGCAGACGAGAAUCUCGGCUUCACAGAGGGAGUGCUGAAACUGGAAAUUGCUCAGAUUUCCAAGAAGGACUCUGGCGUGUAUCAGGUUGUUCUGAAGGACGACAGAGGAAAGGACACUUCCACGUUGAAUUUGACCGAUCACGGUUUCAAAGACUUGAUGAAUGAAGUUUUCAGUUUCAUCGCCAAUUCCUCCACCCCGCUGAAGAUCACAAGCACAGAGAAGGGCAUCCGACUCUACACCUUUGUCAGUUACUAUAACGAUUUACUCCAAGUGACAUGGCACUACAAGGAUUCGGCCAUCUCCUUCUCUGACCGUAUAAAGAGUGGUGUGGUGGGAGAGCAGUUGUGGCUGCAGAUCACAGAGCCCACAGAGAAAGACACGGGCAAGUAUGCCAUUGAGUUCAACGAUGGAAAAGGAGGCCUGAGGAGGACCGUUGAGCUGUCUGGUCAAGCAUUUGAUGACGCUUUUGCAGAAUUUCAGAGACUCAAAGCUGCUGCUAUUGCAGAGAGAAGUCGUGCUCGAGUAGCAGGAGGCCUGCCUGAUGUGGUUACUAUACAGGAGGGCAAGGCUCUCAAUCUAACCUGCAACAUUUCGGGUGACCCGGUGCCAAAGGUCACUUGGCUGAAGAACGAAAGGGAGAUCACGUCCGACGAUCACUGCAUCCUCAAGUUUGAGUCAGGCAAGUUUGCCAGCUUCACCAUCACCGGCGUGAACACGUCGGACUCCGGCAAGUACAGCAUCCUGGUGAAGAACAAGUACGGCACAGAGAGCGCGGAGUUCACCGUAAGUGUCUUCAUCCCUGAAGAGGCGGGCGGCAAGAAAAAAUAAAAGCGGUCCAAAUCUUGUCGUAAAUAUGUAUAAAUGAAAAACACUGGAAACAGUUAACGGAGAAAAACAGGCUUCACGAUGUGUUAGAUGUUUUUGUGUAGAAUAUACAAUUAAAUCAAGAGGUGCUGAAUUUGAAAUGUCAAGAAUAGUUCAGAGAGAAAUCCAGAGUAGCAGAGUAACUUAAAAUCCUAAAAACAUAUACUCAUCUGGUCCAAUAAUAACGAAUAUAACAUCAAGUCCUCUCAAAAAUGUUAUUGGUGCCAUUUUAGUUUUUGUUUGUGUAAAGUUGUGGCAUGCAGAGAGGCGAAUGUUUGCAUUCGUUUUACGCAUGAAACAUUACUUGACAAAAGAAAGCCAAAGUUUAGAGUUUGAGACAUGUUGUGUUGAUAGGAUGCAACGCAAAGCCAAAGAAAAGAAAUCAUGAUGUUAGUGUGGAAUGUCUAUUAAAAAGCCAAAUGUUUUUGACAUGUUUUAUCCCAUUUGCUACACAUUAUGCAUACUUUACUACCAACAGUUUCAAUAGCUAGUCUUCCAGGAAGCAAUAUAUUAUAUUAUUAUUUAAUUAAUAUUAUUAAAAUGUGGAAAGCAUUUCGCAGAGACGUGAAACAUGCUUGAGAUACAGAAGGUCAUGAUUACCAGUAAAAGGUCAUCUUCCCUUUUCUGCUAAGUCGUUGUUGCAUUAUAGUAAGUCUUCAGGUUGGUGCAUUCAAGUGCUGGUGGGAAUCUAGAACAUCAGUGUUUAGAUUUUACCGUCAAGCUUUCUGCUUUUAAUAAUGCUGGGAGAAGUAGAAAGUCAUUUUUGAAAUAUUGGUUCCUAUAUUUCAAGAUUAUAUCAACUGUGGCUUGUUAGCUAAUUAAGCUAACGUUAGCUCUAUGAGUUGUUUAAAAUCUCCGAUUGACUUUUUAUAAAAAAGUUUGCACACUGGAGUUUCUAGGUGUGAACAGGAAGUUCUUCAAGCAUAACCUGACCCCCAACUAUCUACAGUAGUUAUGAUACCCAAUGCUGGGUAAUGCAUAGGUAAUGCUGGGCUACAUAACUGUAAGCUAGUUAGCCGGACAUGCUAAUGAUUGCGGUUUACAGUGAGAGCAGACAAACACAAUGUUUAAUCCAUGGUAUGCUUGGUAAAAUAAGACAAAAAAGUAAACACAAUUUGUUGUGAAUGGGCUAAAACAUUAAUUUUGUUAUUAUUCACGUUCAUUUGAAUGUUGUGAUCCUGACAUCACUUCCAUUGUCUUCCUGUCUGUAGUGAAUACUAUACGACCAUGUUUGCCCACUGUCAUUACUUUUAUUUAUGUGAUUCACUGUUGUUUUGAGAUCCCCUUCACAGUACUUCAUUAAUAAUUACGAUGCCUCCUUUGUUGUGAUGAUAACGAUGCCACUUUAAUGAAGACUGUUAGAUCACUGUUCAUUAACAUUGGUUAUUGCAUCAUUUCUCCUUUCUGGAUUAGACUAAUAAAAACGAGCAUGUACUUCCCCA